GAGUCCGCAGCCGGCAUAGGCUCAGUUGGCAGCAGUACGCACAGCGAGUAGCAUCUACCAUGGCCGAUAUCUCAAAGGACGAGCUACGCAAGGAGAUCACCGCCAUUCUUAAGAAUGCUGAUCUUACUACAAUGUCAGCUAAAAAUGUGAGGCAACAAAUUGAGGAGAAACUUGAUGUUGAUCUCACAGAAAGGAAGAAAGAGGUCGAUGAUUUAGUCAUGGAGUGUCUUCAAGAGAAACAAGAUGGAGGAAAAAAGAAAAAGAAGGCUGCUAGUGAAGAGUCUGAAGAUGGCGAAGAGGAGGAGGAAGAAGGAUCUGAAGAAGAGGAGGAGGAAGAAGAAAAGAAACCAGCCAAACGAACUCCUGCUAAGAAAACUACUAACAAACGCAAGAAGGGUUCAUCUGAUGAUGAAGAAAGCGCCAGUGAUGAUGAUGCUAGCGACGAAGAGUAUAGCCCAAAGAAACCUAAACCUGCACCCAAAAAAAAUAAGCCCGGAAAGAAAGGAAAGAAGAAGGGAAGUGAUAGUGAUAGUGAUGAGGAUUGGGGUAAAAACAAGAAAGCUCCAGGAAGUACAGCAAAGAAAGGAGGUGGUGGUGCUGCCAAAGGUAAAGGAGGUGGUUACACACGUGCUAUCACAUUGUCUCCAGAACUUGCCGCGGUUGUCGGUGCAGAACAAAUGGCUCGACAUGAAGUCGUGAAAAAAGUAUGGAGUAUCAUUAAAGAAAGAAAUCUUUAUGACCCUAAGAAUAAACAAUUUGCAAUUUGCGACGAGGAAUUGAUGAAGGUAAUUGGAGUGAAGCGCUUCAGAACUUUUGGUAUGAUGAAAUACCUCAAAAAUCACUUUGUAGAUUAAAUCAUCCUCCAAUCCUGAUCUCCGACAAGGAAGAAACCUGAUAUAAAUCUCUUGCUGACGACUAGCCGUUAACAUUUCGAUGGCCCAUUUGACCUUUUCUUCCAUAUCGGAUAUCGAUGCUGCUUCUUUCGUACUGCAACACACGGCAUCUGAAAUGUCAGUCGAUACGCGUGUAAUCGCGUUUUCCACGACAGCCGUAAACUUGUACACCUUAGUCAUUAAUGGUUCUAAUAGCUCGAGAAUGGAGUUGCGGGUCUUUGUUAGAGCUUCUUGCAGAAUGCUCGGUACUGAAAACAAUUAUCAUUAUAAUCACUGGCGGCAAUUGGGAGAAGCAUAAUUACAGCGAGAUUAUUGAAUUCAAAGCUCUCGCUCUCAGUCAGAUUAACAAUUAUAUCGUGCUCACGAUCGUCAAUUCCUUCGCCACCGCGUUGACAGUCUCUGUUAAAUAGACGAAUGCCAGCAACUAUGCACAUUAAUUCCAUUAAUUGUUCCUCUUUCUCCCGUUUCGGCAAAGUUACAUAGUGAGCCAACUCGGAAGCUUGGAAGAUGCUUUGCAACGCCACCGAGACUUCUCUAAUGUAAAGUACAUUUUAUAAUAAUAUUAUCCAUGUCGAAUUACUCGUCGGAGAUUUUAGAAGAAAUUGAAUAUAAUUUGAUAUAAUUAUUAUGGUGUAAUUAAAUAUAUUUGUUAUCAUUUUUGAAUACAAGUUUUGAU